AAAUGGAUUUACAAGGUAAUCAUCCAGAAAAAGACAGGUUUAUUGCUGAAAUCAUUUGUAAAGUUGAAGUGGGAUUUUAAGAUUGUUGCUGCUUAUGUCAAAAGUGAUUAGUUAAUAACUGCCAUUUUGCUUAAGUGUUCCAUUUAAAGUAAAAAAAAAAAAAAAAGGCGUAAUUAGCUAAUUAACAGACAAUGAAGUUCCUUCUAGAUCCUGAAAGUGCGACAUUACAGCAGGGAUUUGCAAUAAGAUGCAGAUGUCAAGAUAUCAGCCAUGUAUGAAGACACACAAAGAUCUAAUCAUGUUUGUAGUUAAUUGGCGAAUCAAUGUAUAAAUGGCUGAAACUCAAACAAAUGCAAUGAAAUAUUCUCUGUUGUUCUGGGAAUGCAAUGGUUGAAUUGGAGUGAGUCAAUAUAAUCAUGAAGAUUUUGACAGAAAGAGGAGGCAAAACCUGCAGCCCAAGCUAUUAGUCAUUGCAAAAGCAGAUAUCUUCAACUGCAUGCCAAUGCUGUAAUAACAAGUGUUCUUCUGUUUCUGAAUUAAUCCACACUUCAUCAACAGCUCAAUAGCACAACGAUUUUUCCACUAAUGAUCUGCUAUAAUUGGCAAAUGUGGCAUAAUGAUUUUGCUCUAAUUGAGCCACAUUAUCAAAUCAUGAUCUAACAAGACUGCAAAAUAUCUCUCUACAUUCCUUCAUGCUGAAAAAGCUGCUGGUCCAUAACUCACUGUCGAAGCUUCAUGUAGCUUUAAUUCCAUCUCUCUGUCUCUCUCUCUCUCUUUUUUAGUUUGUUAUGAGAGAAACCACCAUGCUUCUUCUUUAGCCUAUAUAAUCUUUGCAUUCACCUUGCUCAUUGCUCUAUCUUAAUGCUCUUAGCAAAAGAGCAAGAGAAGGAGGUUGUAUUUCCUUCUCUUUUCUUGUUCAUAGUUCCUUCUUCUUAUUCUUAUUGUUUUUCAGUGUAAGAAAAACUUUCAUCAACUCUAUCAAAACCAUUGUCUGAUUCUUGGCACCGGGAAAGAAACACAAUGGCGUUCGGCUUGUCCCUUAUGACGCCAAUCUUUGUAGUUUUGUUUGUUGUUGCUUCAGCAGAAGCUGAUGUUUAUGUGGUGCAUAUGGAUAAGGCCAAGAUGAAAACCUUAGAUGCUUCUCUUGGAGCUACCAAAAGAUGGUAUGAUGCGGUGAUCGAAUUCAUUGCAGAAUCCUCACCUUCUAUACAUGAGGAAGAAGAACAACAACAGCAAAGAUCAUCUCCUGAUCUUCUAUAUGUUUAUGAAACUGCUAUUUCUGGUUUUGCCGCGGUGCUCUCCACAAAUCAACUCGAAUCACUUAAAAGGAUGGAUGGUUUUCUUAGUGCCGCAAAAGAUGAAUUACUAAGCCUCCAUACAACUCAUACACCUCAAUUUCUUGGCCUUAAAAUUGGUCAUGGACUUUGGAGCGCUCCAAAUUUGGCCUCUGAUGUGAUUAUAGGUGUCGUAGACACUGGAAUAUGGCCUGAACACAUCAGUUUCCGUGAUUCAGGCCUCCCCUCAGUCCCCUCAAGGUGGAAAGGCACGUGUGAAGCUGGUACAAAGUUUUAUACAUCAAACUGCAACAAGAAGUUAAUUGGUGCUAGAGUUUUCUUCAAAGGUUAUGAAGCUAUAGCCGGAAGAAUCAAUGAAACAGUAGAUUACAGAUCACCGCGAGACUCAGAAGGACAUGGCACACACACGGCUUCAACUGCAGCUGGAAAUAUUGUUAAAAAUGCUAACUUUCUUGGUUUGGCGAAAGGCGCGGCGAGUGGCAUGAGGUUCACAUCAAGGAUUGCUGCUUACAAAACUUGUUAUGCCCUUGGCUGCGCAAGUUCUGAUAUUUUAGCUGCCAUUGAUCAAGCCGUCAUCGAUGGAGUUGACAUCUUGUCAUUGUCUUUAGGUGGCUUUUCGCGGCCGUAUUACAGUGACAACAUGGCUAUUGCAUCAUUCGGUGCGACAGCAAAUGGAGUCUUUGUUUCAAGUUCCGCAGGCAAUUCAGGCCCUACCAGCUCAACGGUUGGCAAUACUGCGCCGUGGAUGAUGACAGUUGCCGCAAGCUACAUUGAUCGCAGUUUUCCGAGCAGAGUGAAACUAGGAAAUGGUAAAGUCUUCAAUGGAGCAUCACUGUAUUAUGGAAAACCUAUCAAGCAAUUGCCACUCGUAUACAGCGAUACUGCAGGCGGGCUGGGAGCUCAAUAUUGCAUCACUGGCUCACUCUCUCCAAAACUGGUGAAGGGGAAGAUUGUCGUUUGUGAUAGAGGAAUAAACAGCAGAGUUGGAAAAGGAGAGCAAGUGAAAUUAGCAGGCGGAGCUGGAAUGAUUCUGCUCAAUACUCCAACUGAAGGAGAAGAACUCUUUGCUGAUCCACAUAUCCUGCCAGCAUUGAUGUUGGGAGCUCAAGCUGCCACUUACAUCAAAUCAUACUUAAACACAACAACAAAAGCAACAGCUUCACUUGAGUUUUUAGGAACAUCAUACAAUAAUCCUGCGCCGGUUAUGGCUGCAUUUUCUUCCAGGGGACCUAGUUUAGUUGGACCUGACAUUCUAAAGCCAGAUGUUACCGCACCAGGUGUAAACAUACUGGCGGCUUGGCCACCGAAUGUGAGUCCAACUAGGCUCAAGAGUGACAAAAGAAGUGUCCUUUUCAACAUUGUUUCGGGCACUUCAAUGUCUUGCCCUCAUGUUAGCGGCAUCGCUGCGCUUCUGAAGUCAGAUCACAAAGAUUGGUCCCCUGCAGCCAUUAAGUCUGCUCUAAUGACAACUGCUUAUACUGUUGAUAGCACAGGAAAUCCGAUUGGCGACGCGGUUUCAGGAAACAACUCCAAGUUCGCCACUCAUUUCGCAUAUGGUUCAGGCCACAUUGAUCCUGAAAGUGCUGCAAAUCCUGGACUUAUAUAUGACAUUACCACUGAAGAUUACCUCACUUAUCUCUGCAGCAUAAACUACAACUCUUCUCAAAUUGCUAUAUUCGCAUCAAUCUCCAAUAACAAUUUCACUUGUCCUGAUGAUUCAGCUCCCCAGCCUGGUGAUCUGAACUACCCUUCUUUUGCAGUGAUUUUCAGGAAUGAUUCACAGAGUCCCACUGUCACAUACAAAAGAACAGUGACAAAUGUAGGGAUCCCUAAGAGUGUCUUUUUCGCACAUGUCAGUGAGCCUGAUGGGGUGUCAGUAACAGUUGAGCCUGAUGUUCUUGAAUUUCAAGAAAUUGGGCAGAAACUAAGUUAUAAAGUGAGCUUCACCAAACAGGAAGAUAGAAAUGCACCAAAUGAUCACUCAUUUGGAUCUCUUCUUUGGAUAUCAUUUCAUCACAGUGUAACUAGUCCAAUUGCUGUCACCUGGAAGUAAUAAAGGAAAAAAAAAAAUAUGCCAAAAGAGUUUAACUUGGCUGGAAGGAUUUUUCACGAAUACUUCAAUUUCAAAAUUGUAGAAUCAUGAAAAAUUGAAAAGGGUUCAGUAAUGUUACUGAAUUUGUUCUUUGACAAAUUUUGUCACAGUAUUUGCUUAGUUUUUUUCUUUUCUUUUUUUCUUUUUCCAUACAAAUGU